AAAGGUCAAAUCUUUCGAAGGCUAAAAAUCAUAAAUGUAUUCAUAAAGACUCAAAAUCUUUUGAACAGAUCUAGCAUCUUCCACUCCACUUCCACUGUCUCAACUUGAUUUCAGACAUGGGUAAAGCUUCCGUGAUACUAUACAUCACUGUCGGGAUCCUCGUCCUCUUCCUCGUCUCUUACUCUCCCAAGAAGAAGAGCCACCACCACAACGGUGGUCACAACAGCCAACAUCACCGUCUCAAACUCCGCUCUUCUUUCAAUUUCAAACCCACGCGCCACGAUCCAAUCCCUUUUGAUCCUCUCGUUGCUGACAUGGAGCGCCGUCGCGAGGAUAAGGAGUGGGAAAGGCAGUACAUUGAGCAUUCUCACCCCGAGCUAGCGCAUGAUCCAGCGCCUGGUCACGAGUCGCAGCCUGAGUGGGAGGAGUUCAUGGAUGCUGAGGAUUACUUGAAUGAUGAGGAGAAGUUCAAUGUUACCGAUAGGUUGAUAUCUUUGUUUCCAAAGAUUGAUGUGUCUCCUCUUGAUGGGUAUGUGAGUGAGAGUGAGUUGAUUGAAUGGAAUGUGCAGUCUUCUGCCAAGGAGGUCAUGCACAGGAGUCAAAGAGACAUGGAUGUUCAUGAUAGAAACAAGGAUGGUUUUGUUUCUUUCUCUGAGUAUGAACCUCCUUCUUGGGGCCGCGACUCGGGUAACUAUUCCUUUGGGUAUGACAUUGGUUGGUGGAAGGAGGAGCAUUUUAGUGCAUCUGAUGCAAAUGGUGAUGGUCUGCUGAAUUUAACUGAGUUCAACGACUUUCUUCAUCCUGCUGAUACCAAGAAUCCUAAGUUGCUGCUAUGGUUAUGCAAGGAGGAAGUAAGAGAAAGAGAUUCAGAUAAGGAUGGCAAGAUCGGCUUCGAUGAGUUUUUCCACGGUCUCUUUGACGCUGUGAGGAGCUACGAAGAAGACAAUCACAAUGCCACGCAUCCUUAUCAUGACUUGCCUGAAGGCCCAGCAAAGCAGUUGUUUGCUCAGCUUGACAAAGAUGGUGACGGGUACUUAUCAGACGUUGAAUUGCUUCCCGUUAUCAGUAAAAUCCAUCCUACUGAGCGUUAUUACGCAAAAGAACAAGGUGAUUAUAUUAUAUCAAAGGCGGAUUCAGACAAAGAUGGACGUUUGACUUUGGCAGAGAUGAUUGAGCAUCCUUACGUUUUCUAUAGUGCCAUCUUUGACGAAUAUGACACUGAUGAUGACUAUGGCCUCCAUGAUGAGUUUCGUUAGUGUCAUUCCAUGAUGAGUAAGCUGUUGGGCCUAAUUAUUAAGCCUAAUGGCUCAAAUAAUAUAUGGCAAAAUGUGAAAAUGAAAUGGGCUUAUGGGUUCUUACAAAAAGCCUUGUUGGCUUUAAUGAAAUGAAGUUAACAACAUCCCACAUUGGUUGGGAGAGUUGAUUUUGAGGAGUAU